AUGAACGGGGAUGAGAGCGUGGACGAGGACGAGGACGAGGUCAAGGUCGAGGAAGAGGACCUUACUCAUGCGUUUCUAGGCGGACCGACUGAUCCAUCAAUACUGCGGAGUAUCAAUAGUCAUGUCGCUGCAGCUGUUUGGCAGGGAGAGGAACGAGGGCCCCUAAAGUGUCAUAAUCACUCUUCGAAGAUCCUUGCAUGGACAUGGUGGUCAAUAGACAAUAACACCAAAUUCAAAGCCAUUAUUGAGUGGUCUGGGCUGUCACUGUUAACUCGUUGCACUUAUCGGUUUAUCAACAUGCUUCUAAUCUCCAAUUUCGUUGAGAGAUGGCAACCUGAGACGAACACAUUUCAUAUGAUAGUUGGUGAGAUGACCUUGACCUUGGAUGAUAUUGGCACUAUUUUUAGCCUUUCCAUUAUAGGCAGAUUAGUCAGCGUACCAGAUGUGACGAAUCUUCAUGGAGUUACACUACUGGUUUCUGGCUUGGGGAUUACUGAACGUGUAGCACAUGACAAGGUUUCUACUGCUGGUGGGAAUUCAGUCAGGCUUGAGUGGUUGCGAAGUCAGUUUGCUGGUAUCAUAGAUUCAAACCUAAAGGAGGCCAUAGAGUGCGCUGUUAGAGCUUAUUGUUGUUUCUGUUGGGAAGUACGCUCUUCAGUGACAAAAGUGGUACCAGGGUUCUUGUUGUUUACCUUGGCUUAUUGA